GCUGAGGGGAGGUAGGGAGCGGAGCUGCUGCUGCCGCGGAGGGCCGGGGCCUUGGACACGUCCGGCGCGGAGCGGAGGAGGAGGAGGAGGAAAGGGAAGGGGGGGAGCCAGCCGCCCCCUCUCGGAGGACGCGGCCCGCAUCCGCCCGGGAAAGGGCAGAGGGAAACGGAGGGGGGAGCGAGCGGGCGCCGCCGCCGAGGAGACAAAGAAGCGGAGCCCUCCUGAGCUGGGAGCCUCCCUGCUGCCUCCUGCCCCACUGCCCGUCGGCCGGCCGGAGAUCGUGGUGUACAUAACUGUGUUGGAGAGUCCUGCUUUUCACUGUCUGGAACCUUUUAACAGUGUGCCAAAGAAGGACUCCAUGAAAGAUGACAGAAGAAGUUAUUGUUAUUGCAAAGUGGGAUUACACUGCACAGCAGGACCAAGAACUUGACAUUAAGAAAAAUGAGCGUCUUUGGCUAUUAGAUGAUUCCAAGACAUGGUGGAGGGUAAGAAACGCGGCCAACAAAACGGGAUAUGUGCCAUCAAAUUAUGUGGAGCGAAAAAACAGCUUGAAGAAAGGUUCUCUGGUUAAAAAUCUAAAAGACACAUUGGGUCUGGGUAAAACCAAGAGGAAGACGAGUGCAAGAGACGCCUCUCCCACUCCUAGCACGGACGCAGAGUACCCGUCCAACGGCAGCAGCGCUGACCGGAUUUAUGACCUUAACAUUCCAGCCUAUGUGAAAUUUGCCUACGUUGCCGAGAGGGAGGAUGAACUGUCCCUCGUCAAAGGGUCCCGAGUGAUUGUCAUGGAGAAGUGCAGCGACGGCUGGUGGAGAGGUAGCUACAAUGGACAGAUUGGCUGGUUUCCUUCGAACUAUGUGGUAGAGGAGGUUGAGGAAGCGACCGCAGAUUCACCCAGCUUUCUCAGCUUAAGGAAAGGCGCUUCCAUGAGUAACGGCCAGGGCACCAAAGUACUCCAUGUUGUUCAGACACUGUAUCCAUUCAGCUCCGUAACAGAAGAAGAGCUCAAUUUUGAAAAGGGGGAAACGAUGGAAGUCAUUGAGAAGCCGGAAAACGACCCAGAAUGGUGGAAAUGUAAAAAUUCCAGAGGGCAAAUUGGUCUUGUUCCUAAAAACUAUGUAGUAAUCAUUAGCGAUGGUCCUACCAUUAAUGCUUCCCAUCCACCUCAGAUAAGCUACACGGGACCAUCUUCUACUGGACGGUUUGCUGGAAGAGAAUGGUAUUACGGGAAUGUUACCCGACACCAAGCAGAAUGUGCCCUGAACGAAAGGGGAGUGGAAGGAGACUUCCUUGUUAGAGACAGUGAAUCUUCGCCCAGCGACUUCUCAGUAUCUCUAAAGGCAUCGGGGAAGAACAAACAUUUCAAGGUGCAGCUCGUGGACAAUGUCUAUUGUAUUGGGCAGCGUCGCUUUAAUACUAUGGAUGAGUUGGUGGAACACUACAAAAAGGCUCCCAUCUUCACCAGUGAACACGGGGAAAAGCUAUAUCUUGUGAAAGCACUUCAGUGACGUUGAAGAUGGACUUUGGCCAACUGGGCCUCUUAUAACUUACAAGCCUUAGGUCCUAAAUUCACUUUUAUAGAGCAGAGCAAUAUCUGAAGCAGGCUUAAGGAAUAGGCUCUUUCUAAAGUGUUUGCUCUGUCGGUUGCUGUUUGUCUUUUUUUUUUUUCUUUUUCUUUUAUUGUUUUGUUUUGUUUGCCUCUUUUUGUGUUCCAGUUCUCUUAAUCUCCGACCACCUCUCUUCAGGUUGAGACUUUCCCUUGGGUGGCCGUGGCGAGCACUCACCUUCCCAGCUGAGUUCAAAACUCCCCUCUCCUGUGCACGUUUACAUAGUUAGCUCAGAUCAAGGAGGGGCGUUUUCAAUUCAAACCGGCAUUGAUCUGUUCAGAUUGCUCACGCAGGCAGAACUCUCCGUUCAGAGACAUCGGGCACAGUUUGAAUGCACUGAAGCUGCAGCUGCUCAAGUGAGAGGGAGUAGAUGUAACAGUUGUGGCUGUGAGUUCUGUAGCUGUAUCGCUUACCGAGUAGCGUAUUACAAAACCUCCUAGUUCCUAGAAGCACUCUUUACACUGUACUCUGCUAUUACAUUGCCUCUCUGACUCUUUGUAAAGAGUACACUAAUUAAAAGCAUUUUGUAAUAGUACUUCUUAAACUACUAUGGUAAGAUUGUAGUAAAAGAAAAGUAUCUAGUGUAUUUUGGUCUGUAAUUGCAACAAAGAGAAAUUUUAUUUGAAAGUUGAUUACUAGAGAAAGAAACAUUGAAUUGUAAAGGCUGAAUGUUUUGGUAAUCUACAACCAAAUGUGCCAUCCACAUAAUGCUUUUUCCUCUUGCCCUUCUGCUUGUUUGAAUUAAACGAUUAUGUAUUUAAUUCUCAAAGUAAUAUGUAUCUGUAGCUGAUUGUUGACACUAAUACAGAAGAUUAAUAAAAACUGAUCUUGGGACGGGGCGGGCUACCAACACUAUAUAUAUAUAUAUAUUUGCUUUACAGAAAGAAAUCUUCGGGUUUUACAGAGGAUGGUGUGGUUGGUAGGAAGAGACACACAGAAUGUUUAUGAAGAAAAUGCAUUUUUCUCUUUUCUUUACAUUUAAACUCCUUUAUGGUUUAAAUAUACAGUCUUUAGAUGGCACAUUCCUGAGAUUGAAGAAGGGAUCGUGAGAUCUCAAAAUCUUGCAUACUCGGUUUUUUGGAUAUUGUAAUAAAAAAGGUAUUAUGUCAUGACGGAGUACUGGAUUUAUCCUUGGGUGGUAGUCCUGGUGUUCUUUAGCAAGGUUAAAUAGAGUGAAUAAUCCAUUUCUUUGUCUUGGAAUUUGUGUGGCCUAAAAAGAAAACUUCUGCAACUGCAGAGGACAGUUUAAUAUGAGGCAGUGUCUAAUGAGCUCCGUGUUACUUGUUUCUGUGGUAAGUUAGUCCAUUCAUAGCUUUAAUGAAAACUGCAAGGUGGAGCUGUUUCCUGGUACUUUUUUGCUAUUAAAACAUGUUCCUUACCUAUUCUGUAUUUUGGCCAGUGGUGGUACAGCUACUGCUGUGCAGAACUCCAGUGUAGAUGAAGCAGACACCAGCACUGUCUGACUUGCUUUGGUGUAAAUCAUACCACUGCCAGGAGUUUGUGCUGAUACAUCUGCAGAUGAAUCGCAAUCUUGCUCAGACCUGAGAAGAAAGUACAAUUUUUGAAGUUCUACAUGUGUCCUAUUUUCCCAACUCUCUUGAAAUCUUAUAUCUGAACCGUCACCCAUAUUUGAAUCAACAACUGUAUUUUUCUGUACGUGCAUUAACUGAAAAUUGGGCAGUGACGCUUCUGCUUGAUCCAGAUUAAGGAAUGGAAACAGUGACUGAGAGCAAUCCAGAAUGGUCAUGCAUUAUCCUGAAGACCCAUGACUGUCUUUUGAGAAUUUAGAAGCUUUCUGCAGAAAGUUGGUGAGAAGUACCAGCUGUUCACAAUCUACCUACAGAAGGACUCCACAGUGGGCUGCUGCUUAAACUUCAUAAAUGAAUUAUGCAGAGAAUGUAGGGUUUUGCCUUCUAAUACCUACAUAUAUUUUUUUAAGUGAAUCGAAGCAUGUACCGAGUACAGCAAUGACAUUAAGAAAGUCAGCUAUAUGUUGUAUGAGCAUUUUGAGGUUUGAGUGAAUUGCUUUUCAGUCUCAUUGACUCUUUGUAGUAUUUGGAAAAGUGAUUUAUGGGAAUGGUUUUCCUUUUCAGUAAACUGAUCACUGUAAUUACUCCUACAUGCCCCUUGUUUAAUUUUCCGAAAUGUUCCCUAUGUUUCCUGUUCCAGGAGCCUUCAUAUGCUUCUUGUGAUCUUUUUUUCUUUUUUCUUUUUUUGUUGGUUUUAGAGUUCCUUUUUACAAGCUUUUUUAGUUCCCAACCCCUUUCUAGUCUUAGUAGCUUAGAACUAAAUCAAAUAGAUGUUCAAGUGAAAUUUUCACUGUACGCUUUAUAUUUUAAUGUAUUAUUUAUCAUGCUUUAAAACAUUUUUUUUCUACCUCAUCCUCUGUAAACAGCUUCUGUGUAUUGAGGUGUGAAUUGAUUAAGUAUUUUGGUUUGGAAGCAGUUAGUUAAUUUACAACCCAGCAGUGUGAAUGACUGGCUUGAGUUGUUUGGGUUUUUUUAAACAAGCCUGGUCUGGGUUUUGCCCACACUAUAUUUAAUCAACAUCCUCUCAAUUCAACAGACUCAUAAAUAGUUCUUCAGUGGUUUCUGUCUUUACUAAUUGAGAUAAGUUGCUGCAAGUUUUGCUGCAUUUUUUAACCUUGUUUGCUGAAUUGGGCCUAAAAAUGGAUCACUAACUGCUUAAUAAAAGUGCGAUAGACACAGAUUUUA